CUCGGAGCCCACAGGAUUUUGGCAUGGAUAUUCACACCAAAUACCUGGGGCAGAUGCUUGUUUUGCUGCCAUUUGUUCUUCUGUUCACUACAGCAGUGGUCUCCAAAGUGAUGUGUGUGAGAUGACUCAUUAAUGUGCAGGAAGAAAACACUAGAACUUCUGUCAUGCUCGUGUAUGAUUUAAAAAUAAAUAAACAUAUGUAUACUGGGGUGCAUGCUCAAAAUUUCUCUUACUGUUGGGGUGCAGGAUCAAAACGUUUGGAAACUAUUGCAUUAUGUGAAAAUAUGGUGAGAAUUUAACAUUUAUGAAUACUUCUCCUGCCACAGGGAAUUCAUUUUUGUACUGGUAAUGUGCAGGGUGGAAAGUAUUAAUUUCUUCAUCCUCUUUCUUACAGUUCCUAUUAAGACUCAGAGUGUUCAGCUGUAGGUUUUGCUCUUUCUAGCACAUGCUGUCUUCCUGGGGACAGAGCACAAUAUGCUUUUGUACAUGUGCAGGAACAAUUACCGCUUGUAACAGAUCAUUACUGUGUGUGUCAUGAAGUAGAACAUGUGCCUUGCCAGCAUGUUUGCAAUAAGACGAGGAUUCUCUGGACUUUCAGAGUACAUUUUCAUACCUUCACAAUCAAUUAUUGUACCUACGGUAAAACACGUUUAAGUACUUUAUUUUAUUCUGCAAUCAAUUGGGCAUAGCCUGUUUCUGCUUUGAAACUCUCAAGACUGUUUUUGAAACAGUAAAACCUGGCAUAGUUGUGUUCAAGUCAUAAAAUCUUUUCCAACAUUUUUCAUAUAUUUUUCUGUCACUGCUGUACUUAUUUGCAGGGUAUGUUAGUUCCUGUAGUAAAACAGUACAUGGUACUUCAGCUGUAAUUCUAUCUUUUUUUUUUUUUUUUAAAACUUCAUUUCUCUGUUGCAUUUCCUGGCAUCUCUGCCUGUUUUGUUCCCAGGAAGGUCUGUUGAUUUUGUUUGAUAAUGUUCAUAAUGCUCUCAUGUCAUCUUUCUUUCCAGAAGGAGGUUUACUUGCAUGUUGCUCUCUACUACUUUAUAGGCUGAACCAUUCUGAAAAACUCUCCAUGAGUUGUGGAGAUGAAGAAGAGGAAUAUAAAGACAGCAAAUGAAAUAAGCAGUGUUUGAUUCUUUCUAGCAUUCAGUUUUAACUUUGGCACCAUGAGCACUGUUUUCAAUUAGCAAUUCUUCUGGGCUGGUACACAGCCUAUAGCUAAAUGCUGAAAUAAGUGGGCUGCAUAUUGUGAACAGCUUAAUGUUCACAGCUGCAAUUAAAGUCAACAGAAGCUGCAAAUGUUCUUAUCCUAAAAAACUGAACUUCUUAAAGUAUCUAGAGACAUUUUUAGACUGCUCUAACAUAUGCCAAUUCUGAAUGACUUGGGAAAGCUAAGAGGACCACUGUGAACAAGUUUGGGGUUGUUUGUUUCUCCUCCUUUUCUGAUGACUAAAACCACUACCAUGGUAGGAUUUUGGUACAAGAAGGCUUACUUUCAUAUGUUAGUUAGAUCAUUCUGUUUCAAGUGGGGUGAUCUGUGCAUAAAAUAUAGAGAAUUUAGAGUCAGUUUUAUCUUGGUGAUACGAUACAAACUAAACAUAUUUCUAAAUAAUGUCUGAUAUUAAAAUAAUCUAAAUAAAUCUAGAUAAUGUCUGAUAUUUUAGUAAGUGUUAAUACUAAAAAGAGCACAUGAGCCAACAUAAAUAAUUAGUAAAGUAAUAUGGCAGAACAUUGUUUUUUCUGUAACAGUAAAAUGACCUUUCUCUGUCAAAACUGAAUGAGGGACAGGAUCUGAAAUCUGCCUGGUGAGUUCAGCAAAAGCACAGUGUGUCAGCUCUCCAGCUGGGGCCAAGUUACAGAGUAAAAUCUUACAGUUGGGGAGUCCACAAACACUUGCUACAGACCCUAUUUUCUUUUACUAGAAAGCUCUUUUCUAGAAAUUGGCAUCUGUAUUUUACAGUUGCUAAGCUGCCCAGCUGUUGUUACAGCUGUUAAAUUUACCAUUGGGGGAUGAAAGAAGGAAAAAUUUUAACAGGCAUGUAGCUUUAAGGAAAACCUUCAAACCAAGUAAGUAUUGUUUAGCCAGCAGCUGGAAAAGUUCCAAAGUAAACAGCACUGUGAUUUUUAUUAUACUGGUAUAAUUAAAGCAGAGUAACAUUUACACGUUAGCAAUUAAAAGUUAGGUUUUAAUUUCACUUCUGAUAUGCAGGUGAGCCACUAGUUUAACUUACUUGAUUUAUGUUAAAAGAAAAAUGUCUGUGUGUAGGGUGGAGUUUUAGAAUCCUGUCAUUUUGCAUGGUGCCCUUGCAGGAGUACCAUAGACUUGUCUUGCUUUUCUAGUUAUGGAUAAUAACCAUACUUUCCUCUUGCUUUCAUUAUCAAGAGAUUUUUAGAAGAUGUAGUUCCCACAUUAUGUUUUUCUCUGCACGUUUUCUUUGUGAAUACUGUGUGCCACGAUCCCAAAUAAUUUUGCAGUCUUUGCUUUGUGGAAAUUCUAAGCACUGUUGGCACUUAACUUUUUUUUUCUGUUAACUCCUUCUUAAGGCAGAAUAAAGUUAGGUUCUUUCCUACUGUUUUCUAAGAGUUUUUGGACUUGCUGAUGUUCUGUAAGUACUUGUACUGAAUUCUGCUCACAAAAGUUGUUGCAAGGCAAUACUAAAGUGAAUUGGAGAUGGUAUUUAAGACAUGCUAGGAGCCACCUGUGCCCAACAGCUGAAAAGCUACAGGCUGUUAGAGCAAACUUAGAAGAAAAUAAAGUGGAUUUCACAGGAGGGAAUACUGGGGUAUCUGCCAUAGCAGAUGUAGGUGGCUGAGUCAAAAUGUAAAUAUAGCUAAUUGGAUUAAUUGAGCAUGUCUUCAAAUGCCUGCCUUCAGGGGGUCAUAGAUAAAGAUGAGAGAGAUCAGUAGGCAGAAUAAAACUGUGCCCCAGUGUGUUUUCUGGCAGUGGCUUACAGAAUUCAGAUCUGUUCUUGUUCGCUUUUCCCCUCUCCCUUAAUAAAGGAAACUUGGAAAUGAGGCAUUUAUGUGUUUGUUCAAAAGCUGUUUCAAUUUAUGGGCAUGUGUGUGUCAUGUAAGGCUAGUUCAGAAGUACCGAAAUUGCGGAAGGAAGAUCAGAAAGCACGAAACGCACUCUUGGCUGAUAUCCAGCAGGGAACUCGCUUAAGAAAAGUGACUCAAAUCAAUGACCGCAGUGCACCACAGAUUGAAAAACCCAAAGGAGCUAACAGAGAUGGAGUUAAUCCAGCUGUCAAUAAAGGUGGCUCUCAGCAGCCUCUGGGAGGUUUAUUUGCUGGUGGCUUUCCUGUUCUCAGACCAGCAGGCCAGAGGGACAUGACAGCAGGGAGGCCUGGGCAGGUUUCCGGAAUCCGAGCAGCGGCCCCCAAACACUCCACCCCAGCGAACAGCGGCGCUGCCAAGCCGAGCAGUAACCCCUCGCACCCAGCCGAAGGUCCAAGGGCAGCUGUGCCACCAGAGCCUCCCAGCACCUCCCGAGCCGGAGCGGGAGCCGGAGCCGGCCCCGGACGACCCAGCCUGCCCGCCCCCCCUCCACCGCCUCCCGCUUCCAGCAAACCUUCCCUCACUUUCCCUCCUCCUCCCCCUCUCCCUCCUCCGGCCGAUCGCCCUCCCAAGGGGGUGACGCCCGGCGCGGCUCCUCCGCCCCCGCUCCCUCCUCCCCAGGCUGACAAACUCGCCAAGUCUCCAGCAGGCGCUCCACACCCGCCCCAACCGCCCCCUCCUCCUCCUCCUCCCCCUCCCCUGCCCCUCGUCCCCCCCUGCGGGCUGCCGGCCAGGACUGCCGAUGUCCCUGCGGCUACCGCCCCUCCAGCCGAGGGGAGGGACUGUCCCCCUCCCACGCCGCCUCCCCCCCCUCCGCCGCCGCCCCACGCCCACCCGGUCCCAGCGAACAGGCUCUCCUUUCCCCCCUCCCCAGCCUUUAGCGGUGCUGACGUGCCCCCUCCGCUGCCCCCCAAGUCUCCCCACUUGCUGUCACAGUUCCAUAAGCCAAGCAGCAUCCAGUCGCUGCCGCUCCCACCCACCCCCGGCCACCCUCAGCCCGCAGCCGGGACAGAGACCAGGAAGAAGAGACCCGGCCGAGGCGCAGGAACCGGUGCUGGGAAGCUGGUCACACCUCCACAACCACCAGCAAGAUCCCCAACAACUGAACUUACAAGCAAGUCUGGAGUCUCAGCCUGGGCUACAGCUCAUGACCCCUACCCACCACUCAAAAAUGGAAAUAUGCACAUCAUUGAUGACUUUGAAUCUAAAUUUACUUUCCAUUCUGUGGAAGAUUUUCCCCCACCUGAUGAAUUCAAGCCAUUUCAGAAAAUAUAUCCCAGCAAGAUAGCUAGAGAUCCUUCUAAAAAUCCUCCAUUAAGAACACAUGUGAGAUGAGAAGAGUCUGCUGAUGCUCUCUGGAAGAGUAUUAAAAAAGAACAUCGAGAUAAUAUAUAAAAUAGAAGUGGUCCCCAUUGCAGUGAUAGUGAUUGUAUUUGAGUCACAAGUACUGCAAUGUAAACAUUUCUAUGAACUGGAAAAAUGGUGUAAAUGAUACCUUUUUAGCUGCCUACAUACUACAGGAAUGUUAGUACAGGCUUUUAAAUUAUUGUAAAUAGGUGGAUAUUUUUUAAGCAAAGCAGCACAAAAUUUAAGUUAUUUGUAGUGUUGAAACAAUUCUCAUUCUUAUAAUGCUGACAAUGUUAUCUCAGAAUGUUUUGCAUUACAUGCCUGUAUUUCUUUUUUCCCCUUUCAUCAUAAUUUUUAAGUAUUUUGGAGAUUCUCCAGUUAUUAUUCAGACAUUUUUUCAAUGAACUGUCAAACUACUGUACUACCUUUAGUCUGUUUUUAUGUUCCUUCGCUUCUAUUCUGCCUAUCCUCAGAUUGCAGCAGGAUGCCACUUUCAUGAAGGGACAGGUCCACAAUCCUUCUCUCAUCAAGCAUGAAGAGGAGAUGACAAGGAGCUGUGGCUGCUGUUGAGCCUGUCUCCUACUGAUUACAGAUCCUUAUAGGAUAGUAUCUGAAGAAGACCAGCCUGGGUAGGGUGGUCAUGGAUUUGACAAAGAUGACAGAACUUCUCCAAAGUAGAGGAAAAGAAAGUUGCUAUAUUGUAAGCAAAAAAAAAAGGUGUGUGUGAAUACAUAUACCACAAUGUAUGUAUGUAAGGGCACAUGUCCUGUCUUUUCCUGCUGGCAAAGUGGAUAUUUACUGUCACAUAUCUGUGAGAGUUUGCCUUUACUCAGCAAUUACGAGGCCAUUGGAUGAGAGGUCCAAACCCCACAUUUUAAACAGGCAACUAGAACUACUGUUGUUCACCUGCAAUGAGGAUUCAUUGUCCAAAACACACCACAUGGAAGAAGCAGUCCCCAAAGUGGUUGUCUUGGAGAAAGUUGGUCGGGAAAAGUAACAACCUAGCAGCAGACAAAACUGAAGUUCUGCUUUUAAUAUUCAGCUAGGGGUAAGGUCCUUGGAUCACAGAUGUUCAGAUCUGGUCCUAAGAUGUCUAUUUCUCACAAGGAUUACACUUACUCCUGUGCAUUUCCCUGCAUUAGGAGGAGUGGUGCCAGAUUGAGGGAGGUGAUCCUUCCCCUCUACUCAGCACUGGUGAGGCCACACCUGGAGUGUUGUGUCCAGCUUCUGGGCUCCCCAGUGCAAGGGAGACAUGGCCAUACUAGUGAGAGUCCUACAAAGGUGAUGAAAGGACUGGAGCAUCUCUCCUAUGAGGAAAGGCUCAGAAAACUGGGGCUGUUCAGCCUAGAAAAGAGAAGGCUCAGGGGGGACCUCUUCAAUGUGUAUAAAUACCUGAAGGGAUGGUAUAAAGAUGGAGCCAGUCUCUUUUCAGUGAU